AUGAAGUUUCCACUACCCAAGAACAUUUUUCCUCCAUUGGAACUCACAGAGAAUCAAGAAAUUGAAUACGAGCAUUUUGCCAAUGCACUCAUCAAAUCUACACUUGCUGAGUACGAUCACUUUGUUGUACAUGACCGGAAACGUGUAGACUCUCAGCGGUGGAAGUCCAUCCGGACACGCAAUACCGUCUCCAUCUACCGGGAACAAAACACAAACAACGGAUGUCAACAGACUCCAACCAGACUUGCGCUAUAUCAGAGCUCCAUCUCGGCAAACAGUAGUAGACCCAGUCAACAUGCACCUUUAUCAGACCCUGUGACGUCGGAUCAAUCGGACAGUAGAAAUCACACUAUCUCUGCUACUAUGACACGCAGCUUUGGACCUUCAUCACCACAGAAAAACAAGACAGCUUUUGGCAUGGACCCCAUCAAAGCUAGCCGUGAUACCUCCAGAAUUGAUAGCUACAGCAGUGGUGACUUGCCAUCUGAGCCACGUAUCACGACAGCGGCUUUCUCCAAUACAGAAGCUGACAACUCAGGUCUACCGAGAUUACUUGCAGUUGGCACCCUGCGUGGAUCUUUGGAUGAUGUCAUGUAUGGAAUUGUGUCGCCCAACGCGUCAUCCGCUCGUCUGCGUAGCUCGUACCUUGGUGAGCACAUUGCCGACUGCUCUGUGCUACGAGAAAUUAGAAGUCCGUCACCUGCCGAACCGUUCCGCUUUUUAGGUAUCAAGUGGCUCGUACGUGCCAAAUACCGCGGCGCUGCUCGCAUUGUGCUUCCCCGUGAUUUUGUAGUGCUCGAGUUCUCGGGCAUCAUGAUACGUCCUAAUAACUCUCGUGUAGGUUUUCACCUUAUGCACUCGGUCCAGAUCCCGACGUGUCGCGAAUUGCAUGAACAUCGCAUUUUGCGUGCCAAAGUGUCGAGCUGCUACAUUUUCGAGGAGAUGCGUUGCAGCCGUGUUCAAGUCUUCAUGACGGCUUCUGUUGACCCACGUGGUCAUGUGCUCAGUCGAAUGGCAAUGCGUUCAGCAGCUACAGCUCUCAGCAACUGCUGGAAGUCUGUCAAAUGCGCACACAACAAGAAGCUAGCGUACUGUCUGCAGAACGAGCGCCCGUCAACUAUUGGAUCCUGCGGUGGUACAUUUUUUCGAGGAGGUAAUGCACUGUGUAAUAGUGGAAUCAGAUCGUCUCGAGGAGGACUCUCUGCAUUGACACCGGUAGACGAAGCAUGUGUGCGUGACACGACGGAGCCCGUAUCCCAGCGCAGCAACUAUAGUGCGACAACAAACCAACGUCGGUGUGGUGUUUGCCGUGGCAAGCUUGGUGUCUUUUCCAAAACAACUUCUUGCCAACUAUGCUCAGAGCAAAUUUGCAGUCGAUGCCGCAUAGUGCGCAAACUCAGCAGCACAACGCUCAAAGCGCAGGUCACACAGUCGUCCAUCAACUUUUGCAAGAAGUGUGUUGCCAGUGUUAGCGAUGAAAGCGCAUUGGAGAUCGCACGUCAGGAGUUAUGGGUCCGUGCUCAUGGUCGCACGCGCGCGUCAUCGGCGAUCUCGGCAACGCACUUUAGAAGCAGCUUCCCAUCGGAAAGAAGCACGUACGCUACUGUGGUGCUGGGCCGGGGCAGUGAGAUGAACAGCCGAGGCAGCGCGGCCACCAGCAGUCUUAGCCUUAGUCAAGGCCUGGGCAGCUUUAGCCAAAGCCGAGGGCCUCCGUACGAGGAAUCGAUGCUAGGGCAGUCGGUGGGUCCUCGUUCAUCAACUUUCACUCAGUCUUCAACACCGCUGCAGCGGCCAAGCUCGGGUGCUCGUUUCUCCAAGAAGUUUUUGCUUAACGCGUCUGGAAUGAGUGUUGGCUCGUUGGCAAGUACUACACUUUCGACUGACGUUCUUUCAUUUGCCGACCUUGGAAUGGAAAACAACAACAAAAACAAAGUCACUGUUGCUGCUGACAAGGAAGAAGCCACGAAGGAGGAGCCCGUAGUGCUGGACCACCGCGUGACUAUGACGCUUCGCAAUCUGCGGCACCUCGACUACGUUCUGUCCGUAGGUGAAGAGGACCUCGUGCAAGAAUCAGAGAACGAAGAUACUGUGGAGUACGGCGAGUUUGAGAGUAGUGACGAAGGCGAGGGACGAUCAAGUUAUGAGUCGUCGGUCGCUGUGCUUGACGACGACUAUGAAAUGUGCGAAACACCCACGAGUGACGCUCCGCAGUCUCAGCACGAGUCACCCAUCGUCGAAGGAGAAGAAGACGAAGAGAACGAAGAGAAGACGAAACAACAAGGAGAUAAGAAAUAUCUCGAGACGGAAGAGCCAAAGAAACAUGUGGGGUGUUUGGCCGAGCUUUCGCAUGACGACGAGGAAGAGCAACAACCUGAAGAGGACAAUUGGACGCCUGAGCUGACGCAGGAAGAGACCAAAGUGAUAAGAAAGCUACCAGAGGAAUAUGACGAACCAGUGCUGAUGGCGAUGUCGGUGCAUGAUGGUGAUGCCGACGAGCAUGAUAUGACUAUGGCCGUUGAGGUGGAAGUGGUGGAGGCUGCGCCAAUUGCUGAAGUGCGCACCAUGAUGAUGUCCCAGGACAAGUUGCGGAAGGGCAAGUCCGAGACUGAGGCCGAGAUUUCUUCUGCUGAAUCGGAAUCUCGUCUGCAUCGCGCGCACACGACGGUCUCAUCUUCUGAAGAAACCACGUACCAGCAUCAGCUUUUCCAGCAAAUGCAGGAUUUACAUAAUGUCGUCGAGUCGACGUAUCAGGUGGCAAGAGCGAACACCGAGGCAGCCUUCAAGGAGCGCGAUAGCGGCCGCAUUUCCAAGACUUCGCCUACCAAUGCGUCUGGAAACCUCCGUGGCGUUCGAACCUUCUCUCAGCCCUUCACCUUUAACGUGGUGGGCCUACGGUCGACACGUGCUAUGACUGUCGGCAGUAGAAAGUAG